AUGGCCGACUCAGUUGGUAUGUCCCCCGAGAAUCAAAGCCCACCAUCACCAGGCCAGCCAACCAAUCCAACAAAGCACCCCGUUCCUCUGUCUGCAUUGCUUUCAACUUCCCAAUCCAUCACCCCGUCGCUAAUCGAGUCCCCACACGAAAUAGACCGCGUGUUUGUCCACGCGCUGAACACGGUCAAGAAGAUCCCAAAAACGGGGGCGUCACGUCCCCCGCCGAGCGACCGGCUACGGCUAUAUGGCCUAUAUAAGCAGGCGAUGGAAGGUGACGUAGACGGUGUGAUGGAACGGCCUGAGCACCGGCCAGGUGUCGAUGUAGACGAGCUACAACGAGAGCGGGACAAAUGGGACGCGUGGAACGCACAGAAUGGUCUCAGCCGGACAGAGGCUAAACGCCGAUACACAUCGAGGCACUGA